AUGAGUCCUCUGAGGCUGCGAGCGUCCUUCUCGCUGCUGCUCCUGCUGCUGCUGCUGCUGCUGGGUGGCUGCUUGCUCGCGGCAGCCCGGAGGGACGAGGAGGCGGCAGGCAGCGCCGCAGAGUCGGUCAGGGGUCCUGCGGGCGGCUCUUCAGGCCGCUUCAUCAGCCUCGCGCGCCACGCGUGCAGCUGGCAGCUCCUGCUGCCGGCUCCAGGCCGGGCGGUGGGCAGCGAGCUGUCGCUGCGCUGCCAGGGCCCGGAUGGGGAGCGCCAGCAGUGCGCCUACCACGGGGAGCCCCAGCGCUGCGCCGCCUACGCCGCCCGCGGCUCGCACUACUGGAAGCAAGUGCUGGGCCGGCUGCGCAAGAAGCGGCGGCCCUGCCAGGACCCCGCGCCGCUCAAAGCCCGCCUGUGCGCAGGCAAGAAGGGUCACGGCGCGGAGCUGCGCCUGGUGUCCCCCGCGUCCCCACCCGCCAGCCCCACUGCCGCGGGCUUCUCCCGGGAUUUCAAGCCUCGGGCCAGAAACCGGGAGCGGCCCCGGGAGCCCGCGAUCCGUCCCGCCUCAAGGGUUCCGCCUCCCCCGAGCGCGCGCCCCAAAGGGAAGCCCUUUGAGAAGAAGACUAAGGGGAGCAAGAGGAAGGUGGCCUCCGAUCCAGACGAGGAACGACUCCUGGGGACAGGGCCCGAUCCCGACGGGCUGGACGAGAACGCGAAGCUUACGGAGACCUACUGUGCUGAGAAGUGGCACUCGCUCUGCAACUUCCUUGUUAGUUUCUGGAAUGGCUGA